CCACUCUGCACCCUCACGACCCUUCCGAGCCUUUUCGGCCUGAGCGUGGGACUAGUCUUUACCUAGCCGACUGUCUUAGGAUGGAGAAGUCGCGGCCGGCGGCGGAGGCUGAGAGGCGGAGGGCGGAAGUGCGGAAUCCCUCGGCUCUCCUCCCCCGCUUACCAAGCAGCGCUGCUACUUCUAUCGGAAGCAUCGAUUCACCCACGCUAGAGCCUGGGAAUGUCCGCUGCAGUUUUUCCGGGAGACGAAUACAGUCGUGCUGUUCCACCGCAUCCUAUUCUUCGCCAGUCCUGAGUUCGGAAAGGGGAAGAAGGAAGGACUUCUUGGCUCCUCACAGCAUAACCCCAGAGCAUGGGCUCCAGGCACUCGGACUUCAGCAGUUGCGGCACGAGGGCUCAGUAGUUGCGACUUUCAGGCUCUAGGGCGCAGGCUCCGCAGUUGUGGUACAUCGGCUUAGUUGCUCUGUGGCAUGUGGGAUCUUCCUGGACCAGUGCUCAAACCAAUGUCCCCUGCAUUGCUACAAGAAAAAGGGACUCCUGGUUUUUGGAACUUUCCAUCUACUCACUGAAUCCUUGGAACAACUGUAUGAGGUAUGCCUUCUCAUGACUCUGACCUUCCCCAGAAGGAGCGGGAGAAAAUGACCAAGUUUCAGGAGGCAGUGACCUUCAAGGACGUGGCCGUGGUCUUCACCGAGGAGGAGCUGGGGCUGCUGGACUCUGCCCAGAGGAAGUUGUACCAGGAUGUGAUGGUGGAGAACUUCCGCAACUUGGUCUCAGUGGGACAUCUUCCCUUCAAACCAGAUAUGGUAUCCCAGUUGGAGACAGAAGAAAAGCUUUGGACGAUGGAGAGAGAAACCCAAAGAAACAGGCAUUCCAGUGAGAACUGCGCAGCUGUUAUUUCAGGCAGAAAGAAUCCAGGUGAGAUGGAGACUCUUCAAAAAGUCGCAUUAAAAUACCUUUCAUAUGAAGAGCUGUCCUGCUGGCAAUUCUGGAAACAGGUUGCAAGUGAUUUAACCGGAUGUCUUCAGAGGAAGAGUUCCCAGUUCCUACAAGGCAAUUCUCUUCAGGUGUCUGAAAAUGAGAACCAUAUAAUGAAUCAUAAAGGAGAUGGUUCCAGUUACCUGGAAGACUUUUUGAUUUUGAGAACCCAGGAUUCUUGUGGAAAUACGUAUCUGAGCAAGUCAGAGAAUCAGAGCAGAGAUAAGCAAAUGAAUGGGAAAAAUAACCUGCGUAUAUGUGAAGCCUUCAUGAAGAAAUCAUCUCUGGGUGUUCCUGUUAAAACUGACACAGAACAGAAACCCUACAAAGGAGAGACAUCGCAUCCCUGUAGAGAGUGUGGAAGAAGCUUCAGUUAUAGCCCAGUGCUCCCAAUUCAUCCAGGUGUUCAGCUGGGAGAGAAACACUCCCAUCUGCAAACUCAGCAGAGAAUUCACCCGGGAGGGAAAGUCAAUACAUAUCAGGAAUCCAGUGAUGGUUUCCAUAAGGACUCUUUUCAUCCUCGUCAAUCUCACCACCCAGGAGAGAGGUCCUAUAGGUGUGACAGUUGUGGCAAGGGGUUCAGUAGCAGCACAGGCCUUAUCAUCCAUUACAGGACACACACUGGGGAGAAGCCUUACAAAUGCGAGGAGUGCGGUAAAUGCUUUAGCCAAAGUUCAAAUUUUCAGUGCCACCAGAGAGUGCACACCGAAGAGAAACCAUACAAGUGUGAAGAGUGUGGGAAGGGCUUUGGCUGGAGCGUUAACCUUCGCGUUCACCAGAGGGUCCACAGGGGCGAGAAACCCUAUAAGUGUGAGGAGUGUGGGAAGGGCUUCACGCAGGCCGCACACUAUCACAUACAUCAGAGGGUCCACACUGGGGAGAAACCCUACAAAUGUGAUGUCUGCGGCAAGGGGUUCAGUCACAAUUCGCCUUUGAUAUGCCACCGGAGGGUCCACACUGGAGAGAAACCGUACAGGUGUGAGGUGUGCGGGAAGGGCUUUACCCGUAACACAGAUCUUCACAUCCAUUUCCGCGUCCACACGGGAGAGAAACCCUACAAAUGCAAGGAGUGUGGGAAGGGCUUCAGUCAGGCUUCAAAUCUUCAGGUCCACCAGAACGUCCACACCGGGGAGAAACGCUUCAAAUGCGAGACGUGCGGGAAGGGCUUCAGUCAGUCGUCAAAGCUUCAGACCCAUCAGAGGGUCCACACUGGGGAGAAGCCCUACAGAUGCGAUGUGUGUGGUAAGGACUUCAGUUACAGUUCAAAUCUUAAACUUCACCAAGUCAUUCACACUGGAGAAAAACCAUAUAAAUGUGAGGCGUGUGGGAAGGGCUUCAGUUGGAGAUCAAACCUUCACGCUCAUCAAAGAGUCCACUCAGGAGAGAAACCCUACAAAUGCGAGGCGUGUGAUAAGAGCUUCAGUCAGGCCAUAGAUUUUCGGGUCCACCAGAGGGUUCACACUGGUGAGAAACCCUACAAGUGUGGUGUCUGUGGGAAGGGCUUCAGCCAGUCCUCUGGGCUUCAAUCACAUCAGAGGGUCCACACUGGCGAGAAGCCCUAUAAAUGCGACGUGUGUGGAAAGGGCUUUCGAUACAGUUCACAGUUUAUAUACCACCAGAGGGGCCACACCGGCGAAAAACCUUACAAAUGUGAGGAGUGUGGGAAAGGCUUCGGGCGGAGCCUGAAUCUGCGUCAUCACCAGAGGGUCCACACAGGAGAGAAACCCCACAAGUGUGAGGAGUGUGGGAAGGCCUUCAGUCUCCCCUCCAAUCUUAGAGUCCAUCUGAGUGUUCACACUCGGGAGAAAAUAUUUAAAUGUGAGGAGUGUGGGAAGGGCUUCAGUCAGAGUUCACGGCUUCAAGCCCACCAGAGGGUCCACACAGGAGAAAAACCGUACAAGUGUGAUGUAUGUGGUAAGGACUUCAGUCACCGUUCACGGCUGACGUACCAUCAGAAAGUCCACAGUGGCAAGAAUCGUUGAGAAUGAGAAAUGUGUUAAUGACUUCAGUCAGGAUGCAUACCUUCAAGGUUUUGGCGAGUCUGUGCUGGUGAUAAACUCUGUGAAGUAUUGAGAGUGGAAAGGGAUUCCUUCAGGUGGAAUCUUUCUAGCAGAUCCACUAAAAUGGUGACAUGGAAGCACAUAUAGUGUAACGGGAGAAAUAGAUUGUAACCCUCUUGGUAAGAUCCACUUGAUAUAAAUGAUCUCUCAAAGUGCAUAUAUGCCUAAAGAUAAUGUAUGAAAAGAAUACUUGCCAUAUACUAGCUAGUUUUGGGAGGGGGGGUUCAAGGAGGGCUUGGGGUUAUUUUUCCAUCCACUUCCAUUUUGUACUAAUUUACAGUGACCAUUAUUUUUACUAAAGCUGUAAAACUAUGAAAAGUGAAAUGAAUAAAAUUACUAAA